UAUUCCAAUUGCAUCCGAAAUUCCUGUUUUCAAUUCCCGAACAUGAUAUAGCUUUUACGGAUUGGUCUAUAAAUUACAAGGAGUUGUCAGAAUUAGAACAUAUUUCGACUGGAUCUGUUGUAGGGAAAUCAUCGUCAACAUGGUAUCUCUGAAGAUACUAACAGUUUUGACGAUAAUCGUCUUAUCCGAAGCAGGCAUCGUGAGGGUUCACAAAACUACAAGAAUAACACCAGUAGGAAACUCCGUGCGCGUUGUUAAACAUGUUAGAGUAGGAACCUAUCCUGCACCGGUAGUUCCUCCUACCCAUUAUGGACCUCUUCCAUGUCCGCCGCCUUCACCACCAUUGCUUCCAUAUCCACCAGCGUUGCCUCCUACUACACACUUGCCUCUUCCACCACCACCACCUCCUACCACGCCUUCACCACCACCUCCACCGCCACCCCCACCAUCGCCACCUUCAACGCCACCUCCUCCACCACCGCCACCAACAACCCUGCCACAAGACGCAUAUGGCCUCCCGGACUCCAACCUCUACCAAACGCAAACCACUUUUGGAGGUGGUGGUGCCCAACAGCAAGCGGUCGUUUACCCAUCCGGCCCCGUCGGCAACAACAACGGACCAUCGUUCAAUCCUUCGUUUGCCACGCAACAGAUUGAACUACAAAACAGUAACCCCUAUGUUAACGGACCGGUCAACGUGAUCAACUCCGCCGGAGCCGUUGCCGUUCAACAAUUACCUUUUGUGAACCAGCUCACCCCGCCCUCGUUACUUGACUCGCUGGUCCCUGUUCCCUAUCCGGUAUCUUCUGUUUCCAUCUAUCAAGAAUUAGGUCAAGACGGUAGCUGGCAAUCAGUUGCCGGUCCGGAUGGUAGCUGGCAACCACAACCAGGACAGGACGGUAACUGGCAGCCACAACCAGGACAGGAUGGCAGUUGGCAACCCGAUCAGCCAGGUCAGGACGGUAGUUGGCAACCGGACCCACCGGGUCAAGAUGGUAGCUGGCAACCCGACCAACCAGUCCAGGGUCAGGACGGCAGCUGGCAACCAGACCAGCCAGGUCAGGGUCAGAACGGAAGUUGGCAACCAGACCAGCCAGGUCAGGGUCAGAACGGAAGUUGGCAACCAGACCAGCCAGGUCAGGGUCAGAACGGAAGUUGGCAACCAGACCAGCCAGGUCAAGGUCAGGACGGAAGCUGGAACCCGGAACCGGGACAAAAUGGAAGCUGGCAGCCUGACCAACCAGAGCAACCAGGACAGGGCGGCAGCUGGCAACCAAACCCGGGCACUGGAGGGCAGCCGCAUGCAGUGUAUGGGGUCCCGUUUUAGUUACUAGAAAAUUCAAAUCAAAUAUAUUUAGAUAAAUUUUUCGUAUUUUUAUGUGAAGCAAUUCUAUUCAAUACGUUUCAAAUAAACCAGUAACAUAACA